UAACAAUAAUGAAUUCACCGUGUGUUUAGCCUUCGCCGUCGAUUUGCGACGUGCCUCUUAUUGCUGUCACAAUGCCGCGCCGUUUGGUCGAUUAAUUUUUCAACGGUCACUAAUUAAGUGUCGAGCGACAUGUUCACUCGUUCGCGAGCUUCGCGCGAAUCGCAAUUACACCUACGUUUUGUACACACCGUGUAAUUACAUUUGUGCCAGCCACAAAUGUCGCUGGUAAUUCUAUGUUUAUUCAAAGUAUGUUAUCGAGGCAGUUAUCUGCUGUCAAACUGCAGCUCCGAGUAUUCGUAGCCUCAGCUACAAUCACUCGCGGAAAGAGCCACGAGGUCUGCAUGUACAUACGCGACGACUUGGCGUACUGUUCGCGCGCGUCGAGUCCGCUUAAGAGUAACUUAAGGUGAACUGGGUCGACUCUCAUUCUCACAUUGGAUGUAUUGAGGUUACGUUUCAUUGGUUGUCUUUCCUCGGUUAAAACGAGUUGGAGGGAUCUCGGAAAUUCUGGAUUCUCACGGCGGUACUCUAGAUGCUCGUCACAGUCAUUGAAUGAUCCAAUGGACUGACCUGAAUGAUCUACAUAAUGCCGACACGUUCCAAUUGUCUUACGUAACACGACGAGUUCAUUGAUGUGCUGGUGACUGAGAAAGUCUUUAUCUGGGACACUCAAAAUUUCUUGGAGUUAUGGUUCACUUGAGACGAGUGGAGAAAUAGUCGGAGAAAUGGUGAAAAUAUUAGUCACUCAAAAUCGCAUAAGUGAAUAUUUAAAGUGAAUAUCCCGAUUAGUGACCAAGUAACUUUAUUGUGAAAAUAAACAAAUUAAUUAAUAAUUUAAUCAGAGUGCAUUUAUUCCGGAUGGAAUACCACAGAUUCUCAUUCUUCAAUCAUAAUUGAAAAUACUCAUUUGACAGUUUAGAGUGAAAAGAUCUAUUCUAUGUGAAUUACUAUAAUGAUUCGACUGUCACUCUAUUUUCCGAGUGGAAUUUUGCUCGAAGAAAUUUUGAGAAUAACAGAAGAGCGUAAUUAGGUGAGACGCCCACGCGUUAAGUGAUCAGUAUUAAGUAUGUGAGAGAUUCGAAUUGGUGGUUUUUAGAUAAGACAAUUGCAAGUAGCACCAUCAAGAUAAAAAUUUCUGAAAUAAAUCUAUUUUUUCGAGAGUCCAAAAGUAACAGAUCUCUUGAUAGUAUUUCAUCGAUGUUAGUGGAAACAGGCAGAUACUAGCUGGCACAGAGAUAGUGUAGUGGUGAAAGUACAUCAUGAAAGCGAACUCGAUAUUCGUUAUUUCGUUGCUCGUCAUUGGCCAAAUAUUAGCCAGCAAAGAAAACAUCAUGACAACCGCAAGAGUGAAAUCUUGGAUAUCGCCAGGGAACUUUACGACGAUAAUCCAGAAGUCGUUUCGUUAUUCCAAGUGCUGCAACAUUUAUCUGAGCGAAUCAAUUCAUAGCGUGGAGAUGUUGUUCAACCAAUUUAGAGAGACGUAUCGAUAUGAUUAUCUGCUGCGCAGAAUGACUUAUGAGUGUCAGGGGUACUUUUUAUUAGGACCGACGGAUAAGGAGAUAGAAAAGGCGAUGAACAUAGUACCUUCGUCUAUUUCAACUACGGAAAUCCUUAUUAUUGUGGACGGUGAAUUGAGGAACGACUCGAUUAUUUUCAACGUUUCCCUGUAUGGAAAUGCCAAUGCAAACAUUGUGUCACGAUCCGGCAUUUGGACCUUGUCAGAGAAUUAUCUGGAACCCCGAUUCUUCCUAAAAGUGAAUAGUUAUGAGGAGUUGAGAAAUGAAUUCGACAUGAUUAAUAUGAGAGGCAGAAAGUUGCAAGUAUGUACGUUUUAUCGGCCGCCUUUUUGCUAUCUCAACACGACGAUCAAGAAAAUAAUAAAUGGCGUUGAGGAAGAGGUUUUUCCAGCGAAUAACGAUAAAGAAAAGGAUGGAAUAGAGGUAAAAAUAUUUCUGAUUCUUGCGGAGAAGCUAAACUUCACUUGGACGUUACGGAAACCAGGAGGAAAGUACAGAUACGGACGACGUAAUGGAUCGGAAUGGAAUGGUGGCGCAAUUCAACUUCUGCGGCAGAAAAAGGUUGACAUGGCAUUCGCGAGCAUCUGGCUGACAAAGGAUCACAACGCGUUCGUGAACAUGUCGGAACCUUGGUUCCAAAUAUUCAUACAUUUCCUCGUGCCGCGACCGCAGCCUAUCACCAGUUUCUGGGCGCUUACAAGGCCUUUCUCGCUGGAAGUCUGGAUACUUCUAAUACUUGUGCUACUGACCAAUAGCGCCUACAUGUGUACACGGGCCAGAAUCGAUUCGAAAUUUCCGAAACGCUUUCGUAGCUUUUUGUCUACAAUCACGGAAUUGAUGGGUCGCCUGUUGGGUACGUGGGUGCCACUCAACACCGCAAAUGCCAGACUCGAACUACAUUUGUGGCAAGUAGUGGGAGUCGUGUUAGUGACCGCUUACUGCAGUGGUCUCGCAGCGAGAUUAACCAAAUGGGAGUAUGAAAACAGGAUCGAUACGGUACGUCAAUUCCUCGAGGCGAACUUAUCAUGGGGCCGAAAAGGACAACCGCCCUCUUAUUACGAUUAUUUCGACAUGAAUGAUCCUUACUCGAAACAGCUGCCAUCGAGAUAUCUUCAUGUGUCGGACGACGAAUCAACGCAUCGUCUGAUUGUCAAGGGCAAAUACGCGAUCAUCGGCAAUAUCUUGGACUCGAUCUUCUUCCCAGAGGAUCCUAUCAUAAGCGAGGAUUUCAAAGAUUACAGGGUCAUGAAAGAUAUGGUGGGAAAAUUUUACUCAUCAUUCGCCGUCCAACCAUGGCUGCUGCGCCCCGUCAACACGGUAAUACUAUGGUUGAAGGAGACGGGUAUUACGAACUUUCACCUGGACGAUGUCAUUCGUCGUAAAGCGAACUUAAAUCUGCGUGAAGUUCUCAAGGAGUACGACGAUCACGACGGAAAAGCACGGGUUCUUGGACUGAUGCCGUUAGGUGCUGGAUUCAUUACACUUGCUAUAGGUCUUUUAAUAUCUACGAUAGUGUUCUUUCAUGAGCUGAGACAAGCCGCGGGUACGCGACCCAUCCGCGAGGUUUUUCGGGAGCUGCGGGAAAAGCGCGCAAUAUAUAAAACAGUUAGCAUGAGAGGAAAAGUCCCAAAAAGGAAUCGAGCUCGCGAAGUGCAAUUAGAACGGCGAGAGAUGCUUAAUUUUCAUUCAAUAAGAGAAUCCGCCCAGCAUAGGGCAAAUGUCAUUAUCAUGAAUAAAUAAAAAAUUCAGAAAUAAGAAAAUAAAAAAUUUAAGGGAAAAAUAUCUUUCGAAAUAAAAAAAGUUAUUUUUUGUGAUUUUUUUACAAGAAAUAUGAGAAAUAUUUAUCUGAAGUACCAAUACUUAUUGGUACCAAGUCGAAAUAGUGAUCCUUUCAUGUAAAAAUAUAGAUUAUAAGUAUUUAAAAUAUAGAACAUUUCCGAGGAAAAAGAUCCGAACAUAUACGAUAUGUUGGUGUGCAUGCAUAAUUUCAAAGAUUCCAGUAAAGUGUGUGUGUAUGUAUGUGUGCAUUUGUAUGUGUAUGAAUCAGAAAAACAAAAAAUUUAUUGAUCUCUCU